GUCCAAGACCAGAAAAAACGAAUAAUCAAAGGCAUAAGUCUCAGCACCCUAACUUUGAAUUCCUUCCUAUCACUCUCUGCCUCUAAUAUAAAUACAACCAAUUUAUUCCUCAAACCCUCAUCAAUCUUCAUCACCAACAAGAAAAUAAAAGGAGGAGGAUCAAUUUCUAGCCCAGAAAUUGCAUUUCAAUUCUCACCAUGGCCUUCUCUGCCACCAUUCCCACAUAUGAGAAUUCACUUCUUCUCAAGAAAUCCUCCUUCAGUGGCCUCAAGAACCUCCCUAAAGCAAUCCCUUGCAGCCACUUCAAGUUUCUUGUGCCGGUGAAGGCGAAAGCCGCCAACUGGGUGGUUUCAGUUUCUUGCUCCUCCGUGGCUCAACCACUUGAGGCGGCUGAACAAUCUAUCAAUGGUAUCUCGCCAAAGAUUCCUCUUCCUGCAUUCCCAUUUCAAGAAUAUAUGGCCACUAAGGCCAAGCAUGUCAACAAGGCACUAGACGAGUCUAUUCCUAUGCAACAUCCUUUGAAAAUUCAUGACGCUAUGAGAUAUUCUCUUCUCGCCGGCGGCAAGCGUGUCCGUCCAGUCUUAUGUAUUGCUGCUUGUGAAUUGGUGGGAGGAGAUGAAGCAACAGCUAUGCCAGCGGCUUGUGCAAUGGAGAUGAUUCACACCAUGUCCUUAAUCCAUGAUGAUCUUCCUUGUAUGGACAACGAUGAUCUUCGACGAGGCAAACCCACAAACCAUAAGCAGUUCGGCGAAGAAACUGCCAUUCUGGCCGGCGAUGCUCUGCUUUCAUUCUCCUUUGAGCACGUAGCUAGAGCCACAAAGAACGUUUCACCUGACAGAGUGGUUAGAGCCAUCGCCGAGCUUGGUUCAGCAGUUGGAGCAGCAGGGCUAGUGGCAGGCCAAAUCGUAGACAUUGAGAGCGAGGGGAAACAAGUAACUUUAGACGACUUGGAGUACAUUCACAUCAACAAGACGUCGAAGCUUUUAGAAGCAGCAGUUGUCUGCGGGGCGAUACUUGGAGGAGCAGAUGAUGAAAGCGUAGAAAGAGUUAGAAAAUAUGCGAGGUACAUAGGUUUGUUAUUCCAAGUUGUGGACGAUAUAUUGGACGUGACAAAGUCAUCGGAGGAGCUCGGAAAGACGGCCGGCAAGGAUCUGUUAAGCGAUAAAGCAACAUAUCCAAAGUUGAUGGGAAUUGAUGAGGCAAAGAAAUUUGCUGCUAAGUUGGUGGAUCAAGCCAAUCAAGAACUUGCUUAUUUUGAUACCACCAAGGCUGCUCCAUUAUACCAUUUCGCAAACUACAUAGCUAGUCGACAAAAUUAAUUUUGUGGGUUUAAUUUUAUAUAAAAAUUACAUGUAUCCAUCAAUGUCUUCAUCUGUUUGUUAAGAUUAUAUAUGUAGACAUAGUUGCUGUAAUAAAGGGAAGUUGUAACUAUGGAGGAGAGUGGUUGAGGAGAGGAUCCAUCUUCUUCUUCAUCAUCAUAAUCAACGAUUUCAAUGGAAAAUCCAAUGUUUUCAUUCCUUCA